AUGUUCCUCUUCUCCAAAAAAUACAAGACCCCCAUCAGCACUUACACCGACUCCUACCGCCCGCCAUGCUCUGUCAAAAAGACCACCCGAACUCCGGCUCCACUGCAGCCCUGGAAAGAAAACAAGUUUGUGACUCAGGGAUUAACGAUGCCCCCAGUACAAAAUCCAGCAAGCCAAGGUCAGCCCGAGCAUCUGAUUAAGGUGUCAACGCAGGAAUACUACAGGAACACCAUCGACCCUGCUGCCUACUGGCCCGAGAAGUACUGGCUGGCCAGGUCUGAAGAGAAAUACAACCCAGUUUUUGUCCACAAAGACAAAUACAACGCCUGGAGAACAGUUCCCUACAACAGUGAAGCCUGGUAUGAGCACUCCUCUUACCUCCCCCUCCUGGCCAAGGACACAAGGAUGGAGACCUACCUGCACAGCAUACCUGUGCCACAUCCCCCAAAACCCACCUGCCUCAAUCAAUCUGAGAGAGAGGCAGUCGCCAACAUGCCGCACAGGCUGCCCAUGUGCACUGUGACAGGGAGGGGACCCUUCCAGGGCUACUACAGCUCCUGCUCUGGAUGCCACUACUGCCUGCGAGGGAUUGACUACUAUGUUGAUGGGGCCUCUGCCAUCAGAAGGCAUCUCCAUGAACCGGAAGAGAGGGCUGAAUACCCCGUGCUGCAGUUACAGCCCCAGAGCAACGCUCUCUACAUCUACAGAUCACCUCCAGUCAUCGUCCCCAUACACGAGCCCUAG